UAUUUUUGUUUAAAACAUCAAAUGUCCAUAAAAAAAUAGAAUUUUUGGUCUUUUCCGAUGUUUUCGUCGGGCAUCAUCGGUAUAACCAUAUAACAAGUCGCAUUAUAAACAUCCAGUAACCUAAUCUUGUUUAACCACAUGAAAUCUUGAGGGUGUGGGUGGUGUGAGGUGUGGGGUGUGGGUAUGGGUGUGGGUAGGGAAGAAAAGAAAAUCCAGACCCACACCCACACCCACACCGACACCCUUAUAUGCGUAUAUAUAUGAAAUAAAACUCACAAAAAUAUUCGAGUGCUAUUGAUAAUCAUUUCAAAUUUCCCUUGAAUACAACAAUCUUGUGCUUGAGAACCUUUUUUUUUUACAUAGAAUUAUUUCUUAUAGAACUUCAAGACUAAUUUUAUUUUAAAUUCCGAUCUUUAUUAAACCGUUCAGGAAACAAGAUAAAAUAUUUCCACGAAAAAAUGCUAUUUUGAGUUAUGACACUUUUUUUUUAUGAGAUUACUUUAUUUGAGAGAAAAAAAAGUUAUUUUAAUUUUUCUAACAUUACAAGUGAACAUGCAUGACGUUGAAUAAAAACAAAAGAGUUGAUAGGCAGACAACAAUAAUAUUGUAUUGUAUCUCUCAAUAGUCAGUUGAUAUCUGAAAAAAUACUUUUCACUUUAUGUCUUCAUCUCUAUCCGUCAUACACGAUCAAUGCUUAAACUAGGUCAUCAUAAAUGCCCUUGUAUGCAUAGAGAAACGAUAAGUGUCGAUUAUCAUAAGAAUGGUCGACUAAAUGAAUGAGAAAAAAAAUGUCACUUAUUCGUUCAGUCAGGUCAUUCAUUGUUGAUUUAGACUAUAUAGAAAUAGAUAGCUUCUUUUUCUUGCUGACGGCAACGGGUAAUAUAGAGCAAAAAAGUAUAUAAACAAUCGUUAAGAAAGAAUUGACAAAUGUUGAUGGACAUGAAACAUCUAUGCAUUCAACUGACAGAUAUAUCUGAUGAAAUACUUCUGUUAAUCUUAAAUAAAUUGUCAAAUAUUGAAGUACUUUAUUCUCUAAUAGGCGUUAAUAUACGGCUUGAUAAAAUCGUGAGCGAUCCUAUCUUUACUGAUCAUUUAACAUUAUUAAAACGUUCUUUGAAUGGUAUUAUCAAAUUACUGGAUGAUCAAAUAUUUGAUCGCCUUUAUUCAGAAAUAUUGCCUACAAUUCAUCAUAAAAUCAAGUGGCUCGAUCUUGAACCAUUAUCUAUGGAACGUGUUCUUGCUGUUGAUUAUCCAAAUUUACAUGAACUCUCUCUUUUCAAUAUUGAACGUGAACUAGCUGUACGUUUGUUUGGUGAGAGUCAUUUAAAUCGCAUCUUCAAAAAUCAAAUUACAACACUGAACAUUACACUUCCUGAAAAUAACAUAAUAGUAUCAACAUCAGAUAUAAUGAAUAUAGUCUGUACUCAUAUCUUGACUAUGUUCAACAAUUUAAUAUGUUUAAAAUUUCAUCCAUAUGCCGAUAUUUAUGUUGUCAGAGAGGAACGAUUAUCAUUCAGUUUAAGUGAACCUCCAACAUUUUUUUCUUCAAGUUUAAUGGAAUUACAUAUUAAUGUUGAAGAUUUUACUGACUGUCUUUAUCUACUCGAUGGUCGUUUCAAACAACUUCAUACUUUCUAUGUUGAUGUUCAUUGGUUUCCUCCUCCAUCACCAGUGAUUAUUAACAAGGUAGGUUAUUUGAAUUAA